CUUACGCGCUUAGCUUCGCGUUAAAUAAUCAUUAUGCGUGGUUUGUUAGUUGCUGUUUUUGCUGCUUCCUUUCUUGUAGCCGUAUGUACUGGGCACCUACACCAAAGAAGUUAUUGGAGGAGAGGACCACCCUUUAACCUUGAAAGUAUAAGUUGUGACAAGAUUAAAAGAACGGACCUAUGCUACUGUUGUAAAGACCCUUGUGAUGACGUUGAGUGUCUUAACAAUGGAGUGUGUGUUAAUGGUAUUUGUAAUUGUCCCUGUGGCUUCUCCGGAGCAGAUUGUGGUGUGGAUCUGUGUGCUGCCGAACCUUGUCAAAAUAAUGGAACUUGUGUACCAGAGGUUGGUGCAGUGUCAUGUCAAUGUGCGGAUGGGUUUACCGGUGACAAUUGUGAGGAGGAUCUAUGUGCUGCUGAACCUUGUCAAAACAAUGGAACUUGUGUACCAGAGGCUGGUGGAGUGUCAUGUACGUGUGUGGAUGGAUUUAUCGGUGACAAUUGCGAGGAGGAUCUUUGUGCUACUGAACCUUGUCUAAAUAAUGGAACUUGUGUACCAGAGGCUGGUGGAGUGUCAUGUAUGUGUUUGGAUGGAUUUAGAGGUGACAAUUGCAAUGAAACAUGUUUUCCCGCUCAAACAGAACUAUUAACACGAAAUGGUGGUGUUAAAUACAUAGAAGAUAUAGAAAUUGGUGACGAAGUACAAGUUAUCAACCCUGAUGGUAGUGUUGGUUACAGUGAAGUAUGGUGUCAUAGUCAUUACGAUCUCCACUCGACCAAUAGAUACCUGGAAAUUACAACACAGACACAUGUAUUACCCAUCAGUCAUUGGCAUUAUCUACCGGUUGCUUCUAAUUCAACUUACAUCUAUAAAAUGGCACAAGAUGUCCAGGUAGGGGAUUUUCUGUUAACGGUUGAUGGCGAUAGGCAGUUGUUAGAAAUGGUGCAGCAUGUAAAGUUAAUUGAAAGAACUGGCGCCUUCUCCCCGAUGACGAAAUCUGGUCACAUUGUUGUAAAUGGAAUCCAGGCCUCGUGUUAUUCUGCCAUUUACCCGACUACAGCCCAUGUAGGUUUAACCCCAUUCCGAGUGGCCUAUGAUGUCACACCACGAGCUAUCAUGGAUCUCAUUCUAGCACCUAAUUCAAAUGGUGUACCGUAUGUGUUUGAUACAAUUCUCAAGACCAUGUAUUGCACAUGGGUUUCCAGGAACCAAGGAUACCAAUUGUCUUCCAGAUCUAUACCGCCACUUUGUACACCCCGCUUCAUAAAUGCAGAUUUAAAAAUCAAUUAACUUCACAUGCCAUCUGUGAAGUUUGUGGGCGCUUUUUAAUUAAAUUUUAAUUGCUGUUUAAAGAUAUGUGCUUUUCUCAAACGAUUUAGUUCUUUGAUUUUCAGUUUUAAUUUAUUAAUGAAUUGUUAGUUUUAUUUGUUUAUUUUGAAUUAGGGGCGACAUUCAGACAAAUUCCAUCUUAGUACACCACAAUCGUUGACAUUAUCACUAAAACUGAUGGAUUUUAGAGCAUGAUCGUACCUACCUUGUGUUGAAUUGUGGUAAUUAUAAGAUAUUUUUGUACGCCUAUAACUGAGACCGAAAAAUACGAAAAUGUUAAAUUUUAGAAAUACACUUACGAAAUUUGUAUUUAUCUCUAAUUAUUGUUUUAGAUAUGUGCUCUUUGUAUAUGUCCAUAUAUCCAACCACAAUUUCUUGCGAUCGCGCAUGUACCAAAGUGCGUGACAGGCAUCUAUGAAACUUCGUCGAAAUUAAAUUUAUUAAUGUCUUGAUUACGUCCGAUAAAAAAAACUCAUAUAUGUCCAUCCACACAGAAAUGUAAAAAAAAAAUCAGGUUACAUUUUGUGAAUAAAUGAGUCGAUACUUUCUAUCUGUCUUCAGAACAGAAUCAGCCACUGGUGACUUUAGACUGUUCACACAUUGAACAAAAACAAUGAAAAUGUCUAUGUGUAUACCCCUAAUCAGUGUAAGGAUUGCCAAAUGUCCAGUUUAUUUAAUAGCUCUAACAUAUCUAACCGUUUUAGUUUAAGAUUUUGAAAACUUGUGAACACAAGUCUCUGUGAGGGAUACUUCAUUAUCAGGAAGAACCAUGUCGAACUUUGGGAACUAUGUAUAUUUAUUUAGUUAUUACCAUAUAUAUUUUUAUUUACUAAACGUAUAUUUUUAACCCUUUAUUAUAAUAUUAUGUAUACUAAUUUUUGUUUUGUAUUGUAUUGUAUCAGUAUUGAUAUUUUAAAAGAACAAAAAUUUCCAAAAUCUUUUAAAACUUUAUA